UCGUAGGUUGGACUCUAUGGAAAACUUGUUCUCGAAGUCGAUCGUCGAGUACGAUUGAUGGCGAACCAAGUCCAUACACUCAUCACAACCAACGUCAAAAAGAAGUUAGCACCACACUUGAAGGAUGUGAUGGGCCCUUGGCUUUUAUCAAUGCACGAUCAAGCGAAAGAUAUCGUCAGGGUAGCAAGGAAUUCUUUUGAGUCCGUGUUUGCUGCGGAUAAGAGGGCAGGCGUGAUUUCAUUUUGUCAAAAGGAAAUCUUGGAUUAUCUGACAGAUAUGUUGUUAUAUAAGACCGUGGAUACUCUGAGUGAUGCACGAUAUGUGACAAAGGAAGAUAUGCUUGCCAAGUACGCUCGUGUAGUAUCGUCAAGCUUUCAGAUCUUAUCUUACUUGAUUACUGAGCUGCCAGUUGAGGAAAGAAUCAAGUGCGAAGAUGAGUACAAGAUUGUUAUGGAUGACACAACUUUAUGGAGGAAGUUUGUCACUCACAAUAAUCCACUCAUUCGUAAAUCAUUUUAUAACUUUGUAAAGACGUUGUUAUUAAGCUGGAAAGAUGUUAUAGAAAGCAGACUAGAGUUGGUUUGCCCCAACUUCUUUGCAGGUGUUUUUGUCGAAAAGGACCCUUUUACUCAUUCUGACAUGUGGGAUGCCUUAUUACUUAUGACUAAAAAUUUCCCUCGAUCAUGGGUUAUUAUUGAUAAAAAGAAGCCCGCAUUACCAAAGCUAUACAAGUUCCUUGGAUCUGGCCUAAAUGGUUCUGUAAACAUUGCUUAUCCUAGCAUUAUUGCAUUAUUAGCCAAUCUACCAGAGGAGGUAAGUUGAUCACACGUAACUAAAAACGAUCAUUCAUCGCUGUGAAUGCAGAUCAAACAAAAUGCUACCUUUUAUACAGACACAUUUGAUCAUUUAUGGAAAGGACUAUCAAGCGAGUACAUUGAUAAAUCAAACUUUCGUGUGUUCCUUGAUGCUUAUACAGAGUGUAUUGUAUAUUUUGCCAUCACAUUAAGUAAAAUGAGUGACGAACAAUCUGUAAAGACAGCUGCCAUUUUGAUCGAAGAUAAAUUCUGGAACGUCAUCAAGUUUUUCUUUUUACAGUCAAGGAAUAAGGUGUUGAAUGAAAAGAUUGAUCCUAGCACGUAUGACGUUAUUGCGAAUCGAUUUAUUGUUCUCGCCUCUGCUGAAAGUACAAAAGGUAAGAGAUUCAAAGGGAGACAUAUAGAAAAAGAAUGAUCAACUAUA